AUGCUCGAAAGUACCCCAGUACCUGGAUCAGUACGGAAAGAUACCUCCCUACCUUACGGAUACUUUACCUUAGUAUGCAAGUGCGUCCGCACGCAACCUAUUCGCCUGUUUAUUGAAGUCCAUGGCAAUAAAUCAAACUGCGGAACCAGAACAGACCAAGUUAGGUGUGGACAAUGCGCGAUCAGAAGUUGCGAACGUGCUGGCGACGCGAUGGAGAAGGAAGGAGCGACAUAUUACCUACUGCGUAUCCAGCAGCAUCUUGCAAGGCAGGCGCCAAUGGCCUUAGCUUCAGGUAUACUAUGUAAGGUAUCCGUCCAGGUGGUCGUGGCCGUAGCCAAAACCGUACCUGGCCAGGUAACAGAAGCAGGGAAAAGAAGCAGGAUCUGGCCCAUCCUGCGGUGCUCUUCUUUUGCCUUCCGUCCUCGUCUCAACCCCUCGGGUCUGGUCCAGCUUGUCGCCCGCUUCCCAUCCAUUUCAAUCACUCCAUCCUCGGACAGUCCUUGCUCUUGGUGUGCCGCUGCUAUUAUUGUGGUACUGUACAGGUACAAAGCGCACGCAAAACUCCGCACCGAAGUACUGUACAUCUGCUUUGUACCUGUGUUUUAUAUUAUCUUUUCGCACUGUGUACUUUAA